GUUUGUUUCCUGGUGUCUCAACACUAUACCUGCGGUGGGAGGAGUAUGAACAAACGGGGGGUAUAAAACCAGCUGGAGAUGCUCGAGAAAUGUUGUGACUGACGUUCUAACGAUGGGGAACUGGAUCAUCAACAAUGGACUUACAGCCUUCAUACUGGUGGUCUGGAUGGGGAUCAACACCUUUCUUUUUGUCUGGUUCUACCACGUCUAUGAAUUUGAGGGUCGGUUUUACUACACGCGUCAUCUUUUAGGGUCUGCUCUGGCCUGGGCUCGGGCCCCUGCAGCUGUCCUCAACUUCAACUGUAUGCUGAUCCUCCUCCCUGUGUGCAGGAACCUGUUGUCUAUGAUCCGAGGCUCCUGUAUGUGUUGUGGCCGAUCAUUCAGGAAACAGCUGGACAAAAAUUUAAGUUUCCACAAACUGGUGGCGUACAUGAUCGCUCUGAUGACAGCUGUUCACACGAUUGCUCAUCUGCUGAAUCUGGAGUGGUUCAACAACAGCAGGCGGGGGGUUUACGACGAGCUCAGCACUGCCCUGUCCAGCCUGAGCGACACUGAAAACACCACCUACCUGAACCCCGUCCGCACCACCGACAUCGACGCACAGCAGACUCCAACCUACUUUGCCUUCACUACCAUCGCCGGUCUGACAGGGGUCGUCAUCACUCUGUGUCUUAUCCUCAUCAUCACUUCCUCCAUGGAGGUGAUCAGGCGCAACUACUUCGAAGUCUUCUGGUACAUGCAUCAUCUCUUCAUCAUCUUCUUUGCUGGCCUGGUGUUUCACGGCGCUGGGCGCAUUGUUCGGAGUCAAACUACAACAAAUCCACCACACAAUUACACCAUCUGUCAGGACAGGGAGGAGGAGUGGGGUCAGAAUCUCGAGUGUCCCAUUCCUCAGUUUGCUGGAGGCUUUCCGCAGACCUGGAUGUGGGUGAUUGGUCCGAUGAUUCUGUACAUUUGCGAGCGUCUGCUGCGCUUUGUUCGUUACAUGCAGACUGUCACAUACAGGAAGAUUGUAAUGCACCCAUCCAAGGUGCUGGAACUUCAGCUGGUGAAAAACGGUUUCCGCAUGGAGGUGGGACAGUACGUCUUCCUCAACUGCCCAGUGAUCUCGCAGCUGGAGUGGCACCCGUUCACCAUGACCUCUGCCCCAGAGGAGGACUUCUUCACCAUUCACAUCCGCUCAGCAGGGGACUGGACUGACAAACUGAUCAACAUCAUGCAGGAGCUCCCAGAGGGGGCGCAGGGACCAAAAAUGGGUGUGGACGGCCCCUUUGGCACAGCCAGUGAAGAUGUAUUUGACUAUAAAGUCAGCAUGCUGGUUGGCGCUGGCAUCGGGGUCACUCCCUUUGCCUCCAUCCUGAAGUCCAUCUGGUACAAAUUCAAAGAAUCCAACCCCAAACUACGCACCAGGAAGAUCUAUUUCUACUGGUUGUGCCGGGAAACACACGCCUUUGAAUGGUUUGCAGACCUACUUCAGGUGCUGGAGAAAGAGAUGGAGGAGCGAGGCAUGGGUGAUUUCCUCACCUAUAAAUUGUUCCUGACUGGCUGGGAUCAAAGCCAUGCCACUCAUGCAAUGGUGCAUUUUGAUGAUGACACAGACGUGGUCACUGGUCUCAAACAGAAAACCCACUAUGGCAGACCCAACUGGGACAAGGAGUUUGAACAAGUGCGCAAAGAGAACCCCACGUCCGUGGUGGGGACUUUCCUGUGUGGCCCUGAAGCACUCGCAAAGGUCUUGAACAAGAAGUGUGCUAAAUACUCAGAUGUUGAUCCUCGGAAAACCAGAUUUUACUUCAACAAGGAAAACUUUUGAGCAACAAAUAUUUCAGACAAGCCCAGCGUGACAAAAUUAUACAACAGAACUAAUCCUGAGAACCAGGAGUGGCGAGAGCUAAGUUCACUGGAUCGGCUUUAUUUUCUGUUACAUAGAGACUCAGGAGGAUACAAUAAAUUGUUUUAAGAGCUUCCUUAUUGAGCAACACUGGAUUUAUACAUUUGUUACAUUGUAGCAUCAUCACACUCUGUGUAUGAAAACCAAGAGUAACUUAAUGUAGUUCUUCUUACAUUAGUUAUUUUCUAAGUCACACAGCACUUCCUCACAACAGAAAAUGGAACCACUGUACAUAACUAGUGUAGUAUUCCGUUAAUCAUUUGUUAGGGAUGUUGCGAUACACUAGACCCACGGUUCGACACGUAAUCACAAUACUGUUCCCAAUAAUUAUGCAGAAAGUAAUCUAACUUCAAAGAAAAUCAUUCUUAAGUAUAAAUUGCAAAUAAUUGGUAUUACGUUUCAUGUUAUCUUUUAUAAAUCUGAGUCUUCUGUCCAGUAGUUAACUUUUCAUGGUAUGGUACUAAUUUUAAAAAAAAAUGCUAUUAUCUUGAUCAUGAUGCAUCAACACCCUUACUUUAAGCACUUUACAAAUAAGUACUAAAUUGUUUUACCAUGUCUGUAAAUAAAGUUUGUGAUUAAU